AUGGAGACACCAACCACGGCGGCAGCAGCAGCCACGGCGGCCGGGACGACGGUGGUACCCGCUGCGAUAUCGACUACGGCCCCGACUACGGCACCGGCCACAGAAGCACCGGCUACAACAACAACAACCUCCGCCGCCGACCUCUCCAACAAAAAAGUGUCUCAGACAUGCGUCACAUGCCGCGCGCGCAAGGUGCGCUGCGACGGCCGCCGCGACAUUUGCUCCAACUGCGAACGCCUCGGCUUCCCCUGCUCGUUUGACGACGCGGCUGUCGUAGUGAACGCUGAUGCAAAAGGUCAACACGGCGGCGCCGACGGCGCUCUUUCGGCAGACGCCAACAACAACAGUGCAAGGGUCGCCUCAACUACAGCUACCGCAUCGGACCCACUGCUGGCGAUCCCGCGGCGACGCGCACGACAAGCAUGCCAGAACUGCCACUCUCGCAAGGCCCGCUGCUCCGGCGGCACGCCGCAGUGCGACCGGUGCCGCACGCUGGGCAUCGAGUGUGUCUAUCGGCCAGGCAAGCGCACACGCAUGAGCCCUGUGCUCUCCGGAUCGAUUUCGGGCGACCGUGACCGAGACAACAACCGCGACAGUCGUGGCGAGCCGCCAUCACAGCAGCAUGGCUUUGAGCGCGGCCUCAGCGAGUCCUCCGACCACAUGGACGAUGUGCCCAUGGGCGGUGCCGGGCCUGGAGGCCACACGGGCCACGCAGGCGGCCUCGGACGCCAUGGAGGGCCGCCGUCGGCGUCGACGGGCGGCGCGGGCGUCGACACCACCGUGCUGACGACCCGCUCGUGUCCCAGCGACGUGCUCGAGGCGCUGGCCAUGCGCACGUUUGACCAAUUCUUUCGCCACAUCCACCACAUUCCCACCUUUGCCUUUCUGCACCGCGCCUCGCUCAUGCAGCGGUACCGAGCAGGGCUCGUCGACCGCCCACUGCUGCUCGCUCUUGUCGGCAUCACGUCGCUUAUGACGGAUCUGGGCCCCGGCACGCGCGAGCUCGGCAAGCAGUGCAUCGCCGAGGCCGAGGCGCUCGUGCUCAGCCGUCUGGACCGGCCGUCGACGCUCGGCCUGCAGACCCUUGUCUUUGUCAUCCACCACCGCGUGCUAUCGGGCCGGUUCUCGUCGGCCUUUAUGCUGCACGGCGUGGCCUCGCGGUUCGCGUCAGCGCUGCGCCUCAACCACGAGAACCCCCGGCUCUGUUUCCUGGCGCGCGAGUCCCGCCGUCGCCUCAUGUGGGCGCUGUAUAUGAUCGACUCGAGCAUGGCCAAUGGAUAUGCCGACUUUAGCCUGUGGGCGUACCGCGCCGAAGACCGCGCCGACGUCAUGAACAUCCAGCUGCCCUGUAAUGAGCGCAAUUUCGAGUUUGACCUACCCGAGCGCACCGAACCCUUGCGCCCACCACCUCGCCUGGCCGACGGCAGCCUGCCACCACUGCCCGACGACAUUGGCUUUUUGGCAUUGCACGUGCGCAUUCGCUCCAUCCGCGGGCGCAUCCUGCAGUACACCAAGGACGUCACGUCGAAUCUGAGCACACCGCCGCCCUCGUCGCCGUCGACGGCCAUCGAUGAGAACGUGACCGCUUUCAAUGUGGCCUCCAUCCCAGGCCGCGUCGCCGAGAUCGCCGCUGAGCUCGACGACUUUGCCGCCCGGCUGCCAGUCAGUUUCCGCUGGUCCGAGGGCAACGUGCGCCUGCGCACCUACUCACCACGUCUGUGCGUGUUCUUGAUGACGCACGUCUGGUGGGAGCAGUGCCACUGCGAGCUGUACCGCCUUGCCCUAGUCGGCCUGCAGGAGGCCCUGCCGGCGCCGUGCAUCGCGCAGCUCGAGCACCAGUUCCCCACAUGGGUGCGCCACUGCCGCGAGCAGGUCCUGGAGCACGCCAGCGCCAUGGCCGACAUGUUCCGGCUCGUGCUGACACUCGAAAACGGUGUGCCGGCCACCGAUUUGGAUUUGCCCAUUUGCCUGUACCAGUGCGUCCGCCUGCUCUUCUACAUCAGCCGCACCAACCCAGACGACCCGCAGGCCGUGCCGCACGACUCGUUUCUCGAGCUCGCAGGCGUGUGCACGCAGGUGCUAGAGCGGACCGUCACCACGCCGGCGACGAUCCGCAUCCGCGCGAACCUGCAAAAGCUCAUGACGCAGGGGCUCAGCACCGCCAACAUUGCACCGAGCGGGCGCAGCACGCCGGAUGUGUUGCACAUGGAGACGGAGGACGACAUUUCGACCAUGAUGCGGCAGCCGGGGCGCAACGGAAAUGGAAAUAGCAACGGAGUUGCAUCCGCCACAAUAGCUGCCGCUGCCGCCGCAACGGCCACAGCCGCACCCAGUCCCGUGCUGCCCGGACUCAGCCAACGGGCAGCCGCCUCAGCAGGACCACCGCCGUACUCCCAAACACAGCAGCAACCGCAGCAACCGCAGCCUCCCCCUCAGCUCGCACAGCACCCACACCAGCUGCAGCAGCCGGUCUCCCAUCCGGGCCUGUCCAGUGCACCGCCAGUCAUGUUUGACGCCUUUGACAACCACAUGGCGGCAGCAGCGGCCGCCGCCGCAGCAGCUGGCCCAACCGGCCUUCCCGGUGCACCCGCAUCCGCGUCCACAGCAGGCGCAGCAGGUGGCAUGGGGCUGACCGGCCUGCCUACCACGGCCGGCGCAGCACCGACGCCGGCUGGUGUCAGCGGUGUCAGCUCUACCGGCUCGCCGCAGCCCAGCCUGGCUAGCCACCAACCGGGCGCCGCGCUCGACGCGUUUGAUCUCGAUGUGGACAAUUUCGGGUCGACCGAUCUUGGCGGCUGGUUCUCGGGCGACUGGGUGACGAACAAUGAGUUUUCGACGUAG